AUUUGAUUAUUAAAAUAAAUCAUUAUGAGGAAACAAUGUUGAUAAACAAUUGUGCCCAACAGAAAUACCAGUACUGUGGGCGAUGUUUUUCGAAUAAGCCGUGUUAAAUGAUAAUGGCGUUUUCCGAAACUUUCACCUUUUUAUUUCUAAUAUCAGCUGUCGUAGCUCGAUCGCAAAAUUUAAAUGUAAGGUUUAGAAAAGAGUGCACAUUACCAGAUGGAAGAUCUGGGAUAUGUGUAGAUUAUACAAACUGUAAAAAUGAGGGGGGAGUUAUCGAGCCCGGAGGAAUUAUAGAUUCCAGUGAAUUAAGAUCAGGCGAUGUGUGUAGGGGUGGCUUUAACUGGUGCUGUUCGGAAAGUGAUAUUACAAAACCCCCGGAAGUUGUGAAUAAAGAAGAAUGUUUUGCUCGCGAUGGUGAUUUCUGCCCAUGGUGUGUUUCUUUAUAUCGAGGUGACGAAAAUAAUGAAAGAGCGGCCGAGCUCUUCUGCGCGGGAGUGCUUAUAGGAUCUAAAAUUGUUUUAACGACUGCCACCUGUCUCGUGGUGUCUGUCUACCAAAAUGUUUGGGCUAAAAUACCAGAUUCGGCAGAACCAGGAAAAAUGUAUCCAGUUACACACAGAAAACAGCACGACAAUUACAACUCAGGAACACGCGAGUACGACCUGGCAUUACUUACAUUAGACGAUGAAGUGAAAUGGACCGAUCAACGAAAAGUUGCCUGUUUAGCUCUGACGUCACCCUUUAAGCCUGUCUGUUUCUCGUUUGGAUAUGACGCAAAUGAUAAAUUUGUUUCGACAUUAGUUAAAAUUACUAAAGGCAGCUGUAUACCGGGAGCUGGUGAAACUGAUGACGUCUCAUGUGGUAAAAGUAUUGAUGAUGGACCAUGUUUUGUGGCCACUGGAGCUCCUGUGAUUUGUGAGGAGCAGCCUAACAAAAUGACGGUAUAUGGCAUCGCUCGAAGCCCCUGUAGAAAGUCUGCAGCUCAAUUUGGUGCUAUUAAUCUAUCCUCACAGUGGCUUGCAGAUGAACUGAAGGGUUAUGGCCUUAGUGAAGAGCAUUUUUUGCUACAAUAGUCAAUAUAAGUUAUAGAUCAAGUUCAACGGUAAUUCAAUGCUUUGAAAAUUAAAGUGAUACCAUGUUGUUAAAAAAUCUGUAAUUUUAUGUAUCUUUACUGUUAAUUUUUAAGUCUUUACUCCGAAAACAUCAAAUUUUAAUAAUAAAACCGAAUACCAAAUACUCAUAAUA